AUGGCGGUCUACCUCGUCAACCUGUCCAUCUCUGACCUGCUCUACACGAUCACUCUGCCCGUGUGGAUUGAGCUGGCUCUGAAGAGGCCCCUGGGUAGCCUCUGCAGUUUGGUGGCUGUGAUCAUGCACAACAGCUUCUACGUCGGCUCAGGCCUCCUUUGCUGCAUCUCCGUUGAUCGCUAUCUUGCAUUGGUCUACCCUCUCCGCUUUCACCGCAUCCGAGAGGUGCGGACAGCAGCACUUGUGAGUAUUGCUGUUUGGGCUUUGGAGAUUGCCAUCCACAUCAUCUUCCUUGACCACACGGGGGCGCUGCAAGCUUUCUCCUCAAGAAACCUGUGUGAGGAGCAGAUCCCCAUGACACAAGAAGUUGCAGACCUCACCCUCACACGAGUCACCCUGGGGUUUUUGGUCCCUACUUUCAUCAUGACCUUCUGUUUUCAGCAGAUCAUGCAGUCACUCCGACGGAGCACCUCCAUCCUGACAGAGGAGCGCAGGAAAGUGGGACUGCUUUUGUUUUUCCUUCUGCUCACAUACAUUGUGGCGUUUUUGCCCUACCAGAUUGUCAUGCUGCUCAGGGCCAUACUGGAGCCCAGGACCUGCGUCUGGGCCGCAAGGCUCAGAGAUCCGUGUGAACACAUGAACGCCACAUCCACAAUGGAAAACCUAACCCUGGCCUCCAACCAUUCAGAAUGCUAUACGAUUGACAGCGAAUACAGGAGGAGGCCGUUUCUGUUUUUCUACCUGGCUAUCAUCGUCACUGCCAUCCCAUCCAACGCCUUCUCCCUCUACGUGUCCUGGCAGCACAUCAGACAGAAGAACGAGCUCGGUGUGUAUCUGUUCAACUUGGCCCUGAGUGACCUGACCUUCACUAUCGGCCUUUCGCUGUGGCUGGACUUCCUGUGGAAAGGAGUUUGGGCUCACGGAGGCUACGUGUGUGUGCUGUCUGUCUACUUUCUCUUCACUAACUUCUACACCAGCGAUGCUCUCCUCUGCUGCAUUGCUAUCGACCGCUACCUGGCAGUGGUUCACCCAUUAAAGUAUACUUUCUUGAGGAAAGUUAGCACUGCAGCAGCAGUCAGUGUUGCUAUUUGGGUGUUGGUGGUCUGUUUCAACGUCUUCACUGUCACCUGGGAGGACUCAUACUAUGAGAACAACAAGUUUUCAGUGUGCUUCGAUGUCUUCCUCCCACAGUCAGAGAGCCUGGCUCGGGCUAAUGUAGCGCGCUUCAUCCUGGGCUUCAUUCUCCCCGUUCUCCUGGUGAUGUUUACCACCUGGGGGAUCUGUAAGGCGGUGAAAUCCAAUCAGGCCACAGAGGAACAGGAACGUAAGCGGAUUUCAAAGCUGCUGACGGUAGUUCUGCUCUGCCUUGUGCUCUGCUUUGGACCUAUCCAUGUUAUGAUGCUACUCCGCACACUAGUGGAAGACUGCAGGAAAGUUGCAUGGCUCCAUUAUCCGUUCAAGUUCAGCAUAGCUGUCUCAACCCUCAACUGCCUUGCAGACCCUCUCCUCUACUGCUUCAUUACUAGAACAGGGAAAGCAAAUGUCAAUCAGGUUGUUCUCUUCUUCCAGGUAAAGAAGAAGAGCAAAGAUGAAGAUGUGGUGUAGGUAAAAUAAAGUAUAGGACUUAAUAUAACUCCCUUGUGGUUAACUUAACAGUUAGACAUUAAACAGUAGGAUAUGACCCAGAAGAUAACAACUCAGUUAUAGAUACUGCUUCAACAACCCAAUCUCACUCCGAAGUUGUCAAAAUCCAGGGCUUGGACAGUGACUUGCGGCGUCAGACAUUGACAAAAAAGCCAUCCUUUAACGUCAGCAUGAUGACACUUUAAUGGUGCUUGGCAGCAUCAGGGGGAAACGUAACGGGACAACAACGAAAGUUAAGGAAACAAAAGUCUAAGUGGGGUGGGCGGAUGGGUCCAACAAACACAGACUUUCACCCGGGAGAGUGGUGUUUGUGUCUCAUAGGA